AUGUGUUGUCUUGAAUAGUCACUCGCUCUGUAUCCAGCGGAGGGGGGUUGGGAGGGUUUGGUGGGGACUUGUUGCCAUGGUGACCACCCGUUACAUAAUAACAGUGGGUACCUACUGUACAGUAGCUGAAGCAUUAGAGAAUGAGAGAUAAGGACACGGAUGGAGAUGCUAAACAGAAAUUAUUUCCCUACCAAUUUAGAUUUUAUAAACACUGUGUGGGAUUCAAAUGCUAUUAAAAGGGUGGAGACACAGUAUGAACAAUCAUAAAGCACAACACACAUAGCUUUAAAAUAUUUCAUUUUGUGUAUGGGGUUCCUGGUAUAAUUUUCUUCAUGCCAGGCAUUGCAGUAUGCCAAUGAACUUGCUGCUUUUAACAUCCAAUCUUUUGUAUCCUGCAAACUCAACCUGCCUUCCUUUAUUUGUCUCUUUUAUUAAAUUAAGAAUUAAAUUGAAUUCAGCAAGGUCAAUUAAAACAUAGUGACUGGAUUAUAAAGUGAGUGCACCAUAUUAGGCUUGGGUCCCUCCUAUAUCACAUGAUGGCAUUUAAAACAAAUAGUAUCUGAUUGGCCUCUAGGCCCUGAGGGGGCUAUGUUCCUGAAUAUAUUUAUUGUUAGCUGUGCACUGCAAUUCUGGAGCGCUGAUGAAGACAACUGCAGUGGCAACAAUUUUAUUUUUGAUGUUUAAGCUUUGUCAGUUUCCAAGAGUGAUUUCAACCCUUAGGUGCUUUUCAAUUCAUGUAUAGUUGUAAGUUGCAAGAUUGCAACAGAUUAUUGCUCUUUUUAUAGGCGAGUUAGUCAAAUGUUGCAACUUACCUUUACUUCGCACAUUCUCAGGCAGUCAUGGUGACUAUAGAAGAGGUGGCAGGCCAAGCAGGAGUCAUAUAGACCGGUGGUUCCCAACCUUUUGUCAGACGCUGUCAGGUGAACUCAAGUACCCCUUCAUCGACACUACCCAUCACUUUCUAAAGUGUGUCUAUUUGAAUUAAUUGAAAACUAGAUGUCAUAUUAGAAUAUAUGUAUAUUUUGUUUGUUUUUUUACAAAUGAACUAAUGUUUAGGUCAGUUUGGUUAAGUUUACGUUCAUGCUAUCGUACUACCACUUGGAUUUGCAGAAGCUGGACGUACAAACUAGUUCUAUCACUUUCACAAUUGUAUUAACAUUUAUCAUUAAAAUAACAUUUAUCCUUAACUUGUAGCCAACUAUUUUAUCAUUUUCUACAUAACCUUUAGCUACAGUAACUGUUUUAAUUUAUCUGAUGGAGUGCUAAUUUUUUAUUCAAAUUCUUUAGAAUUUCUCCCACACUCUUAAUCAGCUGCAGCCCGUGUGGUAUAUGAACUCCUGAUUUGAAAUCAGUCAUAUAGCUCCUCCAGCUUCUGUAACAACACUGGCAGGAAGAUAGAUAGCUAGAUGGAGGGCAAAGUGAGCAGUAGUGGCAGUGCUCUAAAUUUAGUCACCCCUCCGCUUGUGAACUAAAUACCAAUGACAACAGUCAAACUGACACCCACCCACUCAUUCGGUCACUCAGUCAGUCGGGUCGGAUACAACCCCCUCUGCCCACCCUCCCCACGACAAGCCCCAGUGCCGGGGAACACAAGCACCCACACGGGUCACACUACUAAGUCUGAACCUCUCGCCUCUCACCUUCCUGACUUCCUACCCUGAGGAGACAGGCACAACUUGAGACUCCGCCCUGAGGGUCCUUCAGGACAGGUAAGCGUUCACUCGGGCCUCUCCACGGGUGUGCUGUCUAGUUCUAACGUUACACUUCCACUUUGAAUCACGAUUCUCACCACCACCUGCAGUUGCUCCCUCAUCAUUUUCCAGGGGCAGCCAUGUCACAGUUCUCCACCAUGACGACCAGAGAGAGGAAAAUGCAGGCAGCAGCAAUCUGCAGGGAGGUUCAAGCCCAGGAAGAUACAGAGAUGGAUCUUGGGAAGAAAGUAAACGCGCCUAAGGACAUCAUGCUGGAGGAGCUGUCUCUUACCUCAAACCGGGGCUCUCGUCUCUUCAAAAUGCGCCAGAGACGCUCAGAAAAAUACACUUUUGAGAGCAUCCAGAAUGAAAACAACCAGCAGCUCAAUAACAUAACGGUUUCUCAGACUGAGAAUGGGAGUGCCACGGACAGCCGCAGCGGCGAGAACAACAUGGAUGUCGACCAAUCGCCUACAGUGCCAUCUGACACACCAGAUAGAAGCAUGGUGCCAAAUCCAGACAGCAUCGCCCCGGGGUACGGAGGACCUUUGAAAGACAUCCCUCCAGAGAAGUUCAACCGUACAGCUGUACCAAAGUCCUACCACUCACCCUGGGAGCAGGCCAUCAUCAGUGACCCGGCCUUGGCUGACACGCUCAACACCCACAUGCCUGAGCCAGAGCCCCGACCUGACCUACCAGGGUACAAAAGUUUCAACAGGGUGGCAACCCCGUUUGGUGGCUUCGGUAAGGCACCCAGACCUGCUCCCAUCAAGUCCCUACAGGUGGAACCCCUCCCUGACUACCCAGAGCUCCAAGGGGACGCGGCAGUCAACAGACCCUCCUUCAACAGAUCUGCUCUGGGGUGGGUGUCGGUGGGCGAUCCAGUCCCCUUCCCUGCUGUUUCCGUUGAACCUCUGCUCAUCCCUGAGUCAGAGGACCUUUGAUCCCAUAAUGAGGUCACACAGAGAUGCUGUCUACUUAGUUGCUGCACCAGACAUUAUGGUGGGCGGGGUAACAGUUAGGUCAGAACAGAGUCAGGGUGAAAGAAAGUGUUAAGUUACCAUGUAUGCAGCAUGCCUUGUUUUUUCAGGGAUGUUUACUAUUGCACUGCUCUCACAAAUGAAUUAAUCAUCCUGUACGUUAGGCAGAGACACUACUGGAAGAAAUGGAAUUUAUUGUAUAUUAAUGUGCAUAAGAGUAUUUUAUCUUGCAGACACAAGUUUUUGCUCAAUAAAAUGGUGUAGAAUGCAACAAGUCCAACAUAAUGUUUUUUUCUAUUUCUAGUUUAAAUUUUGUCAUGCUUGAGUUUUGAUUUCUACCACUAAAAGGGUCUGAGAUGCUUCUGUUUUUGGACAUAGAUACAAAUCUGUAAAAUAUUCUACAACAUGCCCCCAGGUAAUAAUUUCAUAGUGAGUGGGUAUGCGCCACACUGAAGGAUCACUUGAGAAAAAUGAUGCUGCACCUGUGUGUUACACUCGUAUGCAAACCCAUCACUUAUCACAUCGUGUGAGAGAGAAAAGAUACAUGUGAACCACUGUAACAAGCCUCAAGGUUACACUGCCUGACAAAUCAAAUCUGCUUCACUGACAUGAGCAUCAUGAUGGAUGUGUCUCUCACCUUUUGGCUAUGCCAAGUUGAAGGAAUGGGAUUAAUGGGAGGGCUGCUUGAUGAGCUGUGUCCACUUCAUAUCUCUAUCUAUCUCUACAGCAAUUGGGAAUUUAUCACAGACAUAACAGGCUUAAGCAAACAGACUCGACUGAUUAAAAGUUACCAGCAUGUUUGAGAAGAGCUGCAUAGACAAUUUACAGUGGGUUAACUGUUUCUUUAUUCAGCUAAACAAAGUGCAAAGCUCAUUAUUUUGCUUUGUCUGAAAUUUCAAGUUUUUGAGUACUCCUGUCACACAUACACUACAGACGAAUAGGGUAAACUUUUUAACUUAUAGAUAUCACCAUUAAACUUCCCAUGUUGAUUACA